AUGUUCAGAUAUUUACUCCCCAUCCUGAGGUACCAUAAAAAUUUCGGAAGCCACUUUUACAAACAACAUUCCUUCCCAUUAACAAUUCUGAACAAGAAUAAAAAUAUCAUCUGCCCGGUUAACUGCAAACAGACCUUCACCAAAAUGAGUGAGAAAAAGGAGCAUGUGAUGGAGGGCGAGAAGAAAGUCCCCAGCAAGCAGCAAGUCAAGGACAAGAAAAAGGAGGAAGAAGCCGAGAUCGACCCACGUCUAUACUACGAGAACAGAUCCAAGUUCGUUCAGGAACAGAAGGCCAAGGGCAUCAACCCUUACCCACACAAAUUUGAGAGGACGAUAACGGUGCCAGAAUUUGUGGAAAAGUACCAAAACCUAGCCAGCGGAGAGCACCUCGAAAAUACCGUUCUAAAUGUGACUGGAAGAAUAAUGAGGGUGUCCGCCUCAGGACAGAAGUUGCGUUUUUUCGACUUGGUUGGCGAUGGAGCCAAAAUACAAGUACUAGCCAACUUCGCAUUCCAUGACCAUACCAAGUCAAAUUUCGCAGAAGCGUACGACAAAAUAAGAAGGGGAGAUAUCGUAGGAAUUGUGGGAUUCCCAGGAAAAAGCAAAAAGGGAGAGUUAAGUAUAUUCCCGAAAGAAACCAUCAUCCUCUCUCCCUGUCUCCACAUGUUGCCAAUGAAGUAUGGAUUGAAGGACACAGAAAUUAGGUCACGACAGAGGUACUUAGAUUUAAUGAUAAACGAAUCCACCAGAAGUACCUUUAUCACCAGAACAAAAAUUAUUAAUUAUUUAAGAAAUUUUCUCAACGAUAGAGGAUUCAUAGAAGUAGAAACCCCAACCAUGAAUUUAGUAGCGGGGGGUGCAAAUGCUAAGCCAUUUAUUACCCACCAUAAUGACUUAGACUUGGAUCUCUACCUCCGUAUUGCUACGGAGCUACCUCUAAAAAUGUUAAUCGUAGGAGGGAUAGAUAAAGUCUAUGAAAUAGGAAAGGUGUUCAGAAAUGAAGGAAUAGAUAAUACCCAUAACCCUGAGUUUACGUCAUGUGAAUUUUAUUGGGCCUAUGCAGAUUUUUAUGAUCUCAUCAAAUGGUCAGAAGAUUUUUUUUCCACUUUAGUUAUGCACUUAUUUGGGACUUAUAAAAUUUUGUAUAAUAAAGAUGGCCCAGAUAAAGAUCCCAUAGAAAUAGAUUUCACCCCUCCCUAUCCUAAAGUUUCCAUCGUGGAGGAGUUGGAAAAAUUAACCAACACAAAGUUAGAACAACCAUUUGACUCUCCAGAAACAAUAAACAAAAUGAUCAAUUUGAUUAAAGAAAAUAAGAUCGAAAUGCCAAACCCUCCGACUGCUGCAAAACUACUAGAUCAGCUGGCUUCCCACUUUAUAGAAAAUCAAUAUCCUAACAAACCUUUCUUUAUUAUUGAGCACCCACAAAUUAUGAGUCCCUUAGCAAAAUAUCAUAGAUCCAAACCAGGGUUAACUGAACGUUUGGAAAUGUUUAUCUGUGGGAAGGAAGUUCUAAAUGCUUACACAGAAUUGAAUGACCCUUUUAAACAGAAGGAAUGUUUUUCAGCGCAGCAAAAGGAUAGGGAAAAGGGAGAUGCGGAGGCCUUUCAGUUUGAUGCUCCAUAUUGUACAUCCUUGGAAUAUGGACUACCACCCACAGGUGGUCUUGGCCUCGGUAUAGACCGAAUCACUAUGUUCCUAACCAACAAGAAUUGUAUUAAGGAUGUGAUCCUCUUUCCAACCAUGCGCCCUGCGAAUUAA